AGGCGCGCACCACUGACGUCACAGCCUCGUCUCUCGCUCCACCUGCUUACAGGCAACCCGGAAGUUGUGCGUGAGACGCUGCUUUCCCUCUCCCACAAUACCUCGCGCUCUUUCUUUCCAACUUGGGCCCGGCAGGAUGGCUCCCGCAAAGAAGGGUGGCGAGAAAAAGAAGGGCCGUUCGGCCAUCAACGAGGUAGUGACCAGAGAAUACACCAUCAACAUUCACAAGCGCAUCCAUGGAGUGGGUUUCAAGAAGCGGGCCCCACGGGCACUCAAAGAGAUCCGGAAAUUUGCCAUGAAGGAGAUGGGAACACCAGAUGUGCGCAUUGACACCAGACUCAACAAAGCUGUCUGGGCCAAAGGAAUAAGGAAUGUGCCAUACCGCAUCCGGGUGCGGUUGUCCAGGAAGCGUAACGAGGAUGAAGACUCGCCAAAUAAGCUCUAUACAUUGGUUACCUACGUACCUGUCACCACUUUCAAAAAUCUGCAGACAGUUAAUGUGGAUGAGAACUAACUGCUGGUCGUCAAAUAAACUUACAAAACUGCCUUUGACGUUUGGUUUUCAGUUUCUAGUUGCAAUGUGAUCGUGUUUGGGUAUCUCACAGUAUAGUUCCCAAUUAUAGAAUCAGUCGGGAAGCGUUUCCUAAAUAAAUACACCUCUGGCCCUUCUCCCCAGCCCCUGGAGUUUCUGAAUAAUUGGACAGCCUAAAGCAGGUUUUCCAAGUGAUUUUGAAGUGUAGGCUGGUUUUAGAAGGCUUGUGUAGGUAGUUGGGACAUUGGAAGUGUAUAUAAUGUUGGUGCUUUCACAUGUGUGCUUCAUUAAUUCGAAGAUAAACAUUUUCCAGAAAUGGGCAUGUAGAACUCAAUUGCCAUUGGCCACGUUUCAUAUCAAUAAAUUAAAAUGAUGCAAUUAACAGCAUCUUA